AUGUCCCAAGCCAGAGAGCUUCCCAUCCGUCAAAACGCUGAGUCUGCGACCAUUUCCCGAAACUGGAACCCCUUCACGGAUCUGCACGAAGGGAGAAGAAGAGCAAAGAGAGGCAUGCGCUCAAAGGAGGGAACAAGAAAUCCGGACGGUCCUUGUCCCGUUGGAAUGCCCAUUACACUCGACCCCAUAUUGCGCGAUACCCGGCUCCCUCAUCGCCCGCCCGCCCACUCAUGAAAUGGAUCCCAUUUCCUCCUCAGAAGUGAACCAGCCGUCUUAGCCGGGGUCCGUGUCAGAGAAGAAUGAACUCAAUUGCAUUCUGUGAUUAAUCAUUACUCGUCAAAGUGCACUUUCAAACCCCGAAUGGAUGGACUUGGACCACUCGUCUGAUUCUUGGCCAAUACAAGUGAACCGCAUCUUGGAGAACAAUUUUAACAAUUCGAGGUCAACUCAUUCUCUCUGCAAAGAAGUAUUUUGCGCGAACCUAUCUUCCGUCAUGGUUGCUUGCGAGAAAAGUCUCUCACAUCAUUUCUGGACGGGACUUUCAAAGUGACUAGUGGACUAACUUUCAGAGAAGAGUGGUGGGCUCCACAUUUCUCGGUUCUUCGCCAUCUCUCUCAUUCUCAUUGUCCGUGCAUGUGGCACCUCUUUCUCCCUUGGUUACUUCGCAGGAACAUCGCCGUUGAUUUAUGGACCGCGCUACUAACAGGUUCCUUUUGGAAGCUCCUCUUUGGCAGUGGCGUUUCUUGCACUUACUCGGCAAGUGAUAGACUAGUACACUGCACUGCACGUCUCAGGUCUCGAUUCGAAUUGAAUUACGUCAGUGCUGACUCUUGAGCAUCACACACUCCACGCGUCCCUUUUGAGAAAGUGGGCUCACUUUCAACAUGGAUCCCAGGGUGCCAAUGACUGGGUUGGUCAAAAAUGGCUCGCAAAUUCUCAAUGACACUUUCGAGUUUCAAGACGAAGUGGAAACGGCUGGAGGCAAUCACACCACCAUAAGCCUGCCUCCCAAGGAGGAAUUGAGCUUCUUCUUUGAAUUUUUUCUCCCUGGAGUCAUGCUUAAUGGCGUGGGCACUUUGGGCCUGGUUGGGAACCUCAUCUCGAUAUUCAUCCUCAGCAGACCCCAAAUGAAAGGAUCCACAAACUGCAUCCUUAUUGGGCUCGCCUCAUACGAUAUCAUCCUCAUCUUGAGCAGCAUUCUCAUGUUUGGUCUCCCAUCAAUUUAUGCUUACACACGGACGUACCUUUCAUUCUAUUAUUGGGAGAUCUUCCCCUACAUAACCCCCAUCGUCUACCCCAUCGGGUUGAUUGCCCAAACCAGCUCGGCCUAUCUCACCUUGUGCGUGACCAUUGAACGUUACGUGGCCGUGUGCCGGCCUUUGAAAGCCCGGGCCUUGUGCACUUACGGCCGAGCCCGGGCCUAUGUCGUGUUUCUGGGCGUGUGUGCCAUUCUAUACAACAUCCCUCGCUUUUUUGAGGUCUCUUGGCGAACUGUAUAUGAUGCAGAGGCAGGCGUCAACCGAACGGAAGUGAUUCCCACGUGGCUCAGACGAAAUCCAACAUACAUCAGUGUGUACAUCACGUGGCUCUACUUAGUGGUUAUGUAUAUCGUACCCUUCAGUUGUUUGGCCGUUUUCAAUUUGCGGAUCUAUCUCCAAAUUCGAAAAGCCAACGUGGAACGGGCUCAACUUUCUAGAGUCCAACAACGAGAGAUCCGACUAGCCACCAUGCUAAUGAUCGUUGUAUUGGUGUUCUUUGUCUGCAAUGUUUUGGCAUUAAUCAUCAACAUCCUGGAGUUGAUGGCCAUCCAGAUCUCGGAGCUCACCCAAAUCUCAAAUCUUCUGGUCACUUUGAACUCCUCCGUGAACUUUAUCAUCUAUUGCAUUUUCGGCGAGAAAUUCAAGCGCCUGUUUUGUCAUCUGUUCUGUCGUCAUUGUGGAGCGGACGAUGGAGAGAAUUUUCAAAUCCUCCACAGAUACACGAAUUCCAAUUUGACUGCCAAGGACAGACGAAACCAUUACCACAAUCAAAUGCGAUUCAGCAAUUCAAAGGACAACCUGGGCGAAGAGCCGAGUUUCGAGGUCUCUAUCCUGCAAAAUGGAACCCAAAUGGACCCAUUUGCCAGUCGUCGAUCUUCGUUCAUUCCCAAUGCCGGUUCACAAUCCCCACCCACUUUCCAUGCUCAGGGUGUCCACGCCAAGUGGAACAUUGCCCACGUGGACCAUUCCCCCAAGCGCUACAGAUCGUUCUGGUCUCAAAGCCAAACCCGUGAAAGAACUAACAAUCUCAGGGUGCCCAAUAAUCACCCAUCAAAAAGUGAUAAAUCCAGAAAGCGCUCCACGUGGGACUCCAACCAGUUCACACAUGCCUCGUCCUCGUGUUGUUGUGAGGGUGGAAAUUGGAUCCUCAGUCGCUCCACGAACACUAAUUCCAAUUGUACCGAUACCACACAGCUGACCAAUCUUACCGCUUCGAACUCGUCCCCGACCGCCACCAUGACUUCAACCGGUUUAAACUCGUCCAAAGACUCGAAAGUUGAGAUUGCUGCCCGGCUGUCUUCGGGCAGUAAAAGCCUGGGUGACCAAGUGACCGUGGUGAAAGUGGAAAUUUCAGCUGCGAUGAGCAAAAGUAAUUGAUAAUUAAGCGGAUUUCAAGCGCAAAGAUACGAGGAGUUACGGAUUGAUUGUGGGCAUAAAGUGGAAAAUAUAUGUUGUUGAAAUUGGCUUUUAGAAGACCGGCGUUGAUUUAUGCCUGGCAAUUGCUAAAAGAGUACACGUGGGCGAAUCUUAAUGGUUGCUUUUAGUGGAUUCACAGAGGUAUUUUGUUUAAGGUAUUUGAUAAAACUGAGCUGAGAUCAGACCAAAUAUCAGACAGGAAUGCAAACAACGAGGCCAUUGCCGACCAAGAGAACUUGCAAUGCCCUUGAAACCUACAACAAAGAAAGAUCUCAGGAAAAUGUUGCCUUGGUAACCAUCACAAAGGAAAUGAUUUCUCACUUUCUUGGUUUUUGGAAGCAAUAUAAACACUUGACCAAAGGCGUGAAGAUGCUUUGUGUGCCAAAGAGCAACUGCAGAAAGUGGUGGCCCAUCUUACAUUCUCACACGUAUGUACGACGU